ACCGCCCCCGUGACCAAAAUUUAUAAAAGAAAACGCAAACUCGAACUCCCGUUCAGUGCCGUAUCCAAAAGCAGAGCGUGCAGUCAGUCGCCCAGCAGCAGCAGCCAGCAAUAAACCCGAAAGGCCAGCCACAGAAGCGAGUUGCUUUAAAUUAGAUUUCUAAUCACCCCAAUAAAACACAAAAAACAAAGCAAACAUGUCUACAGAUGUCAGCAACGAUAACCCCAUCUAUGGCCCCUUCUUCGGUGUUAUGGGCGCAGCGUCCGCCAUUAUCUUCUCAGCACUCGGCGCUGCCUAUGGCACUGCUAAGUCUGGUACCGGUAUUGCUGCCAUGUCAGUGAUGCGUCCUGAACUGAUCAUGAAAUCCAUCAUUCCUGUGGUCAUGGCGGGUAUCAUUGCCAUUUACGGUCUGGUCGUCGCUGUCCUGAUUGCCGGCCAACUGGAUACGCCCACAACUUACUCCCUGUACAAGGGUUUCAUUCAUUUGGGCGCUGGGUUGUCUGUGGGCUUCUCGGGCCUGGCAGCCGGUUUUGCGAUCGGCAUCGUGGGAGAUGCCGGUGUGCGUGGAACAGCACAACAGCCUCGUCUGUUCGUCGGCAUGAUCCUGAUUCUCAUCUUCGCCGAAGUGUUGGGUCUCUACGGUUUGAUUGUGGCCAUCUACCUGUACACGAAAUAAAUCAAUCAAUUCAACACACACACACACACACAACAACAACACGAAGAAGAAGAAGAAGUAGACAAACAGCCCAGCAACAAAAGAACAUCAUACAUCAACGUCAAGAAAUGCAAGUAAAAAGUGUAUCAAAUAGUAAACCAUCCAACAAAAUAACAAUGAAAUCAACCAACCACGACAACAAAAGGAAUGAAAAUGCACGCGUCUGGGUGGCAACUCUGGUGGCCGUUUGUAUAUAGCAACAACAAAAACUAAAUAACAAUAACUGCAACUGCAAAUAGGAGUUGGGCACCAGGGUUGUCAUUCUCGUUCUGGUUUAGUGUGUACAACAACAACAACAACAAACAGCGACAACAUUUUUAUUACGUUUGAUUUACUUGUUAAUUAUGUGUAUUUUACUUUGCGAAUUGCGACAAACAACAACAACAAAUUGCUGGUGCACUGUUUAGUUUAGUUUAUUUUUCCGUUCAAAUCAAUUUUGCAGUUAAGUUCAUAAAGUUGUAAUAUCAAAUAUCAAAUUUGUCUCUUUCUUAAACUAUAUAUUUCUUAUUUUUUUGCGCUCCACAAAACGUGUGCUCUUUGUUAUUUGUUUUUUCCAUUAUUAUUAUUAAAUAAUGUUUAGUGUAUAUGUAAAAUUCGUUAAAGAAGUUUGUAAAGAAAAACCAACAACAACAACAAAAACAACAUCAAUCAACAAUUGUAAAUUUGCGCAUUCAGCUGCAACAUAAAAAUUUGAAAACAAAUUUAGCGAAAAGGGCCAAAAUAACAUCAAAUAAAAGCGAAUACCAACAACAACAACAAAACAAAAACAUCUAAAACACACUGCAGCUAUUGUUUAAGGGCAACUCUGGCGGUAGCAGCUGUUUGAGCGCGCGCGCGCAUGCAUGGCGUUGCCACCCUGGCGAACAAUUGUUGUGCCGCGGAAGCUCACAACGGCUGGCGAGAAUAGGAAUUGUUGUUGUUGGGGGUGAAGUCGACAAGAACAACAUAGAAAAAAAAAACUACUUGGCAAUACUUCGACAACUGCAACCAACAACUACAUACAAUCAUAAAAACUACACACACACACACAUACACCCAAACACACACACACACACAUACAUGCAUACAAAAAUGUAACUAAGUCCUAUGUUUAUUUUUAAUUAUUGUUCAAUUCUAAGAAUAAUAUAUUAAAAAUUAAUAAUAAUAAAUUAUAUAUAUAUAUAAUUAUGAUUUUUUUGUGAUAAGAAAAUACAUAAAAAAUUGUAAUACAAAUACAAAACAAAAACAACAAUUACGGUAUUGAUAUACAUAAUAUAUAUAUAUACAUAUAUAUAUACAAAAAGAAUGAUAAACAAUUAUACAUAUUAACAUGAGAGAAAGAGUUGUUAUAAACACAAAAAGGAUGGUAUUGAAAAACGAGAAAUAUGAGAAAACACAAAUCAACCCGAAUGAAAACCUAUAUAAAAUCACACACAAUUUUUCCGCUGUUAUUGUAUAGUAAAGAAACAAAUAUUAUAUAUAAAAUAUAUAUUAUGUAUAAAAAAUAUUAACAUGAAAAUGUAGUAGCAAAAUUAUAAAACAACAAACCGACACAACACAAAAACAACAUCAAACCAAAAGUCGUGCAAGCAAAACGAAAAACAAA